AUGCCUGGUGCAAGAUUAUGUUUAUCAUAUCUUUCGGAACUAGAGUGUAGUACUGAUGAUUCACCGAGAUACUUUUUUUGUCUUGCAGAAUUUUGUCGAAAGAUUCAAAAGCUUCGUGUUUAUCCUUGUGAAGAAGAUAAUCAAGGCUUGGCUACUUUGAUUACUUUUCAACAUCGUUUGAUUCAUCUGGAAUUGAAAACAGACAACGGUGAAAUGGUGGAAAAAUUAACACAUAUUGGCGAUGCGCUUACUACUCAAGCGCAAUCUUUAACUUACAUCAAUGUUUAUAAUAAUUUAUUUUUUUCUACUGAGCAUUUAUCUACAUUUGUUUUUCUUAAAGUUUUAAAACUUUAUGUCACUUCUGAAAUACCAAGAAAGUUUUGGCUUUGUAACAUGGUUUUACCUCAUCUCGAAAUACUUGAUGUAUUUCGAGAUGAAUUUACACCGUUUAGAAUUUAUAAAUGUUUUAUCGAACAUUCUUCAUCUAAUUUUCGGAGAAUUUAUUGGAACAGAUUACUUGCUUCACCACCAGAAAAUAAAGAAAUUCAAGAAUUCAUUCGAAUUAUUUCAAGAUCAGCUCAUUCACUCAAAUUUGUCACUAUUUGUUAUUCGGAUGAUUUUAUCGAAGAAUUUACACAAUUUUUAUCACUUUGUACAAAUCUAGUUGGAAUUAAGAUUUGUGCUAAAGAUUUAAUCGAAGAUGGUACUAAUAGUACUAUGAUUAACGCAGAAAAUAUUUUAAAAGUUAUUGUUGAUAAAGCACCAAAAAAUUUUUCUAUUUUAAAUUUUGACGGAAAUUGGACAUUUUCUUUUCAUGAUAUUGAAUCUUUUUUUUUCAAUUGGAAAUAUAGAAAUUUGUCGAUGUCGGGUCGACCAUUGUCUUUAUUUAUUUCAGAAGAUUGUGAAUUUUCUUGGGGGUUAUCGGUUGAUGAUUUGAUUAAUAAAUAUGUAGAUGAAAAUGUUUUAAAAUGUUUUAGAAUAACGGAAUUUUUGGACUUGGAAGAUAAAGAACUUAUAGAU